UCCAGCCUUGUUUCCGGACCCGCGGAAAACGCGCGCUGGGGUUUGCGUCUGCAGGUUUCUUCGAUCCCGCUGCUGGUGGCGGCGGCCGAGGCGGCAUGGAUCUCCGAGAGUUGGAGCGGGACAAUACGGGCCGCUGUCGCCUGAAUUCGGCCGUGCCCACCGUGUGCCGACAGGAACCCUGCGUCCUGGGUGUCGACGAAGCGGGCCGGGGCCCGGUGCUGGGCCCCAUGGUGUAUGCCAUCUGCUAUUGCCCCCUGUCCCGCCUGGCAGAUCUGGAGGCCCUGAAGGUCGCAGACUCAAAGACCCUGUCGGAGAAUGAGCGGGAAAGGCUCUUUGCCAAAAUGGAGGAGGACAGGGACUUUGUGGGCUGGGCUCUGGAUGUGCUGUCUCCAAACCUCAUCUCUACCAGCAUGCUUGGACGGGUUAAAUACAACCUGAACUCUCUUUCCCAUGAUACCGCUGCUGGGCUGAUCCAGUAUGCUGUGGACCAGGGUGUGAGUGUUACACAGGUCUUCGUCGACACUGUGGGGAUGCCAGAAACAUACCAGGCGCGGCUGCAGCAACGCUUCCCUGGGAUUGAAGUGACGGUCAAGGCUAAGGCCGAUGCCCUCUACCCAGUUGUCAGUGCGGCAAGCAUCUGUGCCAAGGUGGCUCGAGACCAGGCUGUGAAGAACUGGAAGUUUCUAGAACAAUUGAAAGACUUGGACACUGACUAUGGCUCAGGCUACCCCAAUGACCCCAAGACAAAAGCCUGGUUGAGGAAGCACAUAGAGCCCGUGUUUGGCUUCCCUCAGUUUGUCCGGUUCAGCUGGCGCACGGCCCAGGCCAUCCUGGAGAAGGAGGCCGAGGGGGUGAUAUGGGAGGACUCAGAAGCCGAGGCUCAGAAAGGACCUGGAAAGAUCACGUCCUAUUUCCUGCAGGAGGAACCCCGAAAUCGCCCCCAUGGGUCCCACCGGUACUUCCAGGAACGGGGCCUGGAAGCAGCCACCACCCUCUAGGAGCCAGCCCUGAAUAAAAAAAAAAAAAAAAAAAAAAAAAAGGCUGUUGGCUGUGAUUAAAGGUGUUUGUGGAGAAGCCAGUAGAGUUGUCUGUUACUGCAGAGGCAGCCCAUGUGCUGAAUUGGAAUCUAGCAUGUGUAUUGUUUGGACUGGGGGUUUGGCUCAGGCUAAUGGGUGUGGCACAGUGGCAGAGGUGGGCUUAGUGGUAUAACCCAUAUACCUUAUUUGAGGCCUUAGUACCCAUCCUCAGCAUUGCAGAAUCAAUUAAAUUAAAAAAUAGA